UGACAGGAGCACCACAUACUCCCCAUUGCUCCCUCUUUGGCUGUACGGGGAAACUUUACAGGCUCCAGCAGACACACAAGAAAGGCUGCGUCAAGUGGAGACAUCCAGCACCAAGAUCCAAGAAAAGCAUCUAGAAGGUUCUCUCCUCAUCUGGAUCUAAAGGCCUCAACAUGGCAUCCCAGAUCCCAGCACUCCCACAGUCCUAUGGUCCAAGGACUGACAGCGUCUUUUCUGACCAGUCUGGCUUUUACUCCCUGGACUCCAACGUUCCUGGUCUCUCUAAGGUGAUUCUCAACAAGCUCAACAUGAAGGACUAUGGAGACUACAGGGCUGCUGUUGAGGGAAAGGCUAAAGGAAUCUCAUUCCGCAACUACAAGGAGAUGUUCCAGAAGAUGGAGGAAACCUUCAAGUUCUGCACCGGCUGUAAUAAACUCCCAGAACAUCUCACCGAGGGACAGAUCCUGAAACGCUGUGUGAAGUGUUUGAAUGUGUACUACUGCACAAAGGACUGUCAGAAAAAGGACUGGCCUCAGCACAAAAAGGUCUGCAAGACUUUGCGACUGGUGGCUAUUGACAGACUAGUGGAGUGGCUGAUGUUCACUGGAGACCUUCCAUUCCCCACAGAGAAGUGGUCCAAGUCAGCUGCUGAGGUGAAGAACUGGGACGAUUGGCUUCCCAUGCAGGGGGACCUCACAUCACGUCUGGACACCAUCUUGUCUGGUACCAACAUGGCCUCCCUUUGGAAAAACGCCAGCAGGCCGAGGCCCGAUGACGGUGACCUGCGACAGUCUUUAUGGCGAAUUCAGAGCGAGUUCCUCUCACGGGUUCUCACAGUUGGGAUGGCGGUGCAACGCUUCUGUCUGGACCCGUACGCAAAACCGCUCACUAUCCACCUGGCAGGCGCGUCCCACAAUGAGACCAUGGGAGCAAGACUGACUGACUUUGAUGAGCUGAACCACAUGUUCCCUGGACAUCAGGGUAUAGAGAUAGUGAUGGUGGGACCAGAGGUGGUGGACGGCCCCAUCAACAGACCCCCUCUCAGAGCUUUUGGCCCCAAGCAGAGCGUUUACAUCAGCACCUACAAGGCUCUCUACCACCAGUUCUGGGAGGAGAUGGUGGAAAAAGACGAAGCAGCCAAACCAGAUGUAGUGAUUGGGUUUCAUCCUGGGUUCCAUGCUAACCAGGGUCUGGUAGAAGGCUGGUUGCCCACCUUGCUGCUGCUCAGAGACUAUAACAUCCCUUCCUUCUUCACUGUGUACAGUGAGUUGGAGCUUAAAUACUCGCUGCAGAUCCUUCUGGAGCUGGAGAUGCACAUCAGGGACAGCGGACCCAAUCCAUUCACCUCGCAGAAACCAGAGCAGGUCCAGGCCUGUCCGAAUAAACCUCCAGUCCACUGCAACUCUCAUUACAUCUGUUUCCAGGGGCUGCUGCCUGAAGAAGCCUUUGAAGGGCCUGCUGCAGACAGUUAACGUCAAGCACAGCGAGGAAAAUCUGAGCUGGUUUGGACUUUGGGGAGCAUCCUGCAGCACGAGAUGGACAGUUUUGCUGCAACACCAAAUAUCAACACUGAAGCUUGCUUUUUCAGAGAAUGUUUCUCAUGGUGGAAAAUACACAAUCACUGCUUCAAAAAUGUAAUAAACACCACCCUUUGAGUUCUGAUUUGAUUAAUUAAUGAGGCAGAUUACAGAAAUCCCUCUAAGUUCAUUUUACAGCACGACGGCACCAGCAGGGCACAAAGGUUUUUGCUGUGUUUGUGCCCUGAGGUGACACGGAUGUUGGAUUUAAAGGGUCAUUGUACAUAAUGAAGCCAAAAUCGGUUCAGUCGUCACUUGAUGGCUUCCUGUGAUUUGUUCUGUGGCUCAGCCAAUUCCCAAAGCUCUCAACAGCUGCGUGAAAUCAUAUUCCAUGCAUACUAAUGUAACACAUGAUCUGAAAUGAAGCCUAAAUUAAUUACAGAGGGCCACAGAGCCUGGAGUUCAGCUAAGCCUUUUGUUGUCAGCGUUUCUUCUUUAUUGUGUCAUUUUGUGUCUCGCUUGUAGCUGUUUGUUGGACUUUGAAUAACGAGUCUUUGGAUGUGAAGUAUGGAAAGUAUUUGAAUUGUGAUCUUUUUUUUAAAAUUCAGAACUCCAAUUAAUGUUUUCAAGUUGGCCCUUUUAACAUCAGUGGUUGUGUUCAAUCUGUGUUGUCUUCUUUAGAGGUUAAAAAUA